GCUGAGUGAGGAUUCAGCAGGCAGCAGCAUCAGACCAACUCCCACUCAGCCAGAAGGAAAACAGUCAGAAAUAUCCUCGGCUGAUGACGGACUGUUGCUAUGGUAACCUGGGAGGUGGCGUUCCCUGCAGGAAGAUUUAGGAGGAGAAACGGUCCACGGUUCUGCAGAACUUCCUGCUUCAGUAAAACCAGCAGAUUCUGACUCAUCAUGUUCUGAUCGGGCCGACGAGCCCAGAACACGGACCCCCAACGGACACCAUGGUCCCCUUUUCUCUCUGAGGACGUGACCGCUCAGCAGGCAGGAUGAUGCCAAAGCAACUGGCCCAGACGUCUCCAGGAAGCGUGUUGUCUCUAAGAGGGACAAGCGUCCCUGGAUCCCCCGCCACCCCCAUAGUGGCCCGGGUGGAGGAUGGCGUCAUCGGGUACAAGGACCUGGCAGCGCUGCCCAGAGACAAAGCCAUCCUGGACAUCGAGAGACCCGACCUGAUGAUCUACCAGCCGCACUACAGCUACAGUCCUCUGGAGAGGUCCCUGUCUCCUCGCUCCGUCUCUCCUCCGCCCUCUCCAGAGAACCUGUCCAAGGAGUCCCGGGAGUGGCCGGAGAACCGGUCACCUGGAGGUUCUUCACCUGGUUCCACCAUCCAGAGCAGCAGAACCCACACACCGCCGACGCCAAACACGCCAAGCACGCCCAACACGCCAAACACACAUUUCCUGGGUACCAAGAGCAUCAUGCAGCACUUCCACAGGCCCGAAAGCGGCUCCAACAUCUACAGGAAGCCUCCGAUCUACAAACAAGAUGUGUCGUCCUCCUCCGUCCCUCAGGGGAAACACAUCGAGGAUCUGAUCAUUGAGUCCUCAAAGUUUCCUGCAGCUCAGCCUCCGGAUCCGAACCAGCCCUCCAAGAUUGAGACCGAGUACUGGCCCUGCCCCCCCUCUCUGGCUGUGGUCGAGAAGGAGUGGAAGAAGAAGGAGCAGGGCGAUGAAGAGGAGGCAGAGGAGGGUGAUGAGCUGUGGGGACUCAGAACUCUUCAGAGACAAGAGCUGAAUAAAAUUCAGUCCAAUCUGGGUAGAAUCAUCCUGAAGGAGGAGCUGGAGAAAUCUGCAGCUCCUUUAAGGAGGAAAGCUCGAUCUCUGCCGGACCGAAGCCAAAACACCGGGUCCAAUGCCUUCAAGCCGGUGUAUUUCCCAACAUCCUCCAGGAGUGGCCUGUCCAGGCUACAAUCGGCAGACUUCGGCUCGUCCCAGAAAACCCAUACCGGUCUUCAGAAUGGAGACUCCAGGAUGGACCGAGGGAACUCCCUGCCCAGCAUGUUGGAACACAAGCUGCAGAUUUAUCCGUACGAGAUGCUGGUGCUGACGCACAGAGGACGCACCAAACUUCCUCCUGGAGUGGACCGAACCAGGCUGGAGCGACACCUUUCUCAGGAGGAGUUCUUCAGCGUUUUUGGGAUGUCCAUCGAGGAUUUUGACCGUCUGUCUCUCUGGAAGAAAAACCAGCUGAAGAAAAAGUUCUGUCUGUUUUGAUGCCUCGGUGACUACGCGUCCCAGAAUCCCCCACUCUUCCCGGUCCGAACGGCGGGAAGCUGGACUGACUGUCACCUUCAGGCGUCUCCGGCGCCGUGGACUUGGCGUGGUUUUAGAGUUCUGCUGCACGCGACACCGGUUUGACCCUUUAGAGCUGCAGGACACCAGCUUCAAUCAGGAGCCACAAAAAUUAUUAGCCAGCACAAGAAACGGGUGAAUGUCCAGAGAGAGGAGCUGCAGAGCUUGUUGUGGUGGUGAGUUUGUAGAACGUGUCUGAAUCUGCAGCUCUACGCUUGGCUUUUAGGUGAUUCUCCCUGAAGAACCAACAGCAGGAAGACCCGUUUUCUCCUGAAACAGAACCUCAGAUCAAGCUACAUUCCCUCUGACUCAGAGUCAGAUUCCAGACGGAGCAAAUUCUCCUCUGAGAGGGAGCCUUCCUAUUGGCUCAGCCAGCUAUGAUGUCAUAAAGACGCCAUUCCUUUUCCCAGCACCGAAAAGAAAAACAAGUCGACGGUUUGAUCGCAGUCAGACGGGCCGAUGCUGAACGUUUCCCUCCCAAACUGGAACCAGAGUUCCCACUCCUGGUCCUCAGGGUUCCCUCCAGGUUCGAAGCUGUUAAAGACCAAGCUGCCAGAUCACAUCGAGGCGUUUGUGGUUCUCGUGUUCUGGUCCGAGGCCGUACGGUGUGGGCCGAGGCAGGCAGCUGAAAAACGUCGUUCCACAAUCAGAAAUCCUGAAACGGAACAAAAUACGAGCAAACUGAUUCAAAGUUUUGAGUCUGCAACCGUUGCUGCCCGGUGACACUCGACCCUUAAUGACCUUAAUUUAAUAAUUCAUUUACAGUAUUUAUAUUUACCUCCACCUUUUCCAGAUUAGGUGGAGAUCUUGAUGUUUCUCUGGUUAGCACCUAGCAUCGUUUCCUUUUAGCGUCACAGAAGCCGAAGUCCUUCGAUACGCUGGUUUUCAGUGUUUGUGUCUCGGAUGUGAACGCCAUCAUGAGUCCGGGCGCUGCACCUCAGAGCUUACCAACAUCUUAUUAAAAUAAUAAUCAUUUACUUUUUAUUUUAAUUCAGAAUCCUUCAUGUUUGCAUCAGGAUGCCUAAAAAACCCUCAGAUUUAUUCAGACUCUUCUAAACAAACGGCCUCCAGCGGUCUUUGUUUCUGCAGAGAAGGUGGAAACCACAGAAACACGUCAAAUCUUUUUCUGAUAACUUAGAUUUGUUUUAUUUUUUAUAGAAUGAGAAGAAUCAGAAUCAGCUUUAUUAUCAUUG